UUGGGGGAAAUCCUGCCCCCUGCCCAGCUUGAUUUUGCCUCAGGGCAAUCAGCCUCCAUAUGCUGUGAAAUAACUGUAGGUGGCCUUGCAUUUGUGGUUCUCAGCCUCCUGGGUUGCAGGGCUUACCAGAAGGCACUGGGGUAGUGGUGGAGGUAGGAGCCAGGUUAUAAGUAUUAUGGAAUGGUUUCUUCGUAUUGUGGGUGUUCCAGAAAUGGGGUGCCGAAGCCUGGGGAAGGCGCUUGUCGGUAGGGUGUUUGCUUAGAAUACAAGUUCUGGGUUCAAUGCCCAGCACUACAUAAGAUAGGUGUGGUGAUGUACCCCUGUAAAACCAGCUCUGGAGAGGUGCCGGCAAGAUCCAAAGGUCGACGCCAUCAUCUGUUAUUUGUUACUUAACCAGUUUGGGGUCAGCCUGGGCUACUUGGGACCCGUCUUAGAGACAAAAUAAAACUUAGAGAAAAAGGAAAAAAGGGAGACGAAGAGUUGAAGAGUGAAAGUGUCUUAGAAUACUUCCCAUGUAGUAAGAGGUGUCCACUACUCCUCACUUGGUGUAUGAGAGGCGACACUCCCGAGCCUCAGGUAUCACCAGCGCUACGGUGGAUUUGAGAAGCGCUCUUCCCACUGGCGUGAAAUCGACUCCUGCGGAGGGGACAGUUUGCGCCUUGGUCCCGGGGGCAUUGGACUGGGCCAGGAGGUGGGGUUUGGCCGCGGCGACUGGCCCGCCAGGCCCCGCCCCCAAUGGGCGGAGCCUCCGUAGGACCAGCACGUGUAAAAAGUUCGGCGCGGGUCUCCGCGGGCCACUCACCUGAGCGUCCGGCCGCCGAGCGCGCUGCCUGGACUAGCGCCUUCGCCCCAUGUCCCGCCGCAAGGCCGGCUGCGUGCCGCGCCGUGUAGAACCCCAGCCCGACCAAGACGACAUGGAGACGCCCGAGCUCGUCAUUGAUGUGAAGCCAGAGCGCGAUGCGGGGGCCUUGAUCCUGGGGCCCUGGUCCCCGAGGGACACGUCCAUGCCGGAGCCCCUCGGCCCCGAGGGUCGCCUGGACACCGCCCCGCGCCCCUUUGGCGCGCGCAGCCCGUGGGCCCCGUGGAUACCGCUGAAUCCUGAACCUUCCGACCGCCAACCCUGGACCGACAAGCACCCAGAUCUGUUGACCUGCGGCCGCUGCCAGCAGACCUUCCCAUUGGAGGCCAUCGUCGCUUUCAUGAACCACAAAAAAAUGGGCUGUCAGCUCCCCCAAGGCGGCGGCCCCUUUCCAGAAUCCAAGGAGCUGAAGGCUCUGAACUGCCUAAGAUGUGGUAGACAGUUUGCCGGAGCUUGGAAGCUGCUACGCCACGCCCAGUGGGAUCAUGGGCUAUCCAUCUACCAGACAGAGUCAGAAACCCCAGAGUCCCCGUUGCUGGGCCUGGCUGAGGUGGCCGCGGCCGCCUCCGCAGUGCCAAUGGUAGGGCCAGUUGAGGACAACAAGCCCCCCGUGGUGAGCAGCGCUGCCCGGCAGAGCCCCACCUGUCUGGUGUGCAAGAAGACCCUCAGCUCUUUCAGCAACCUCAAGGUGCACAUGCGCUCCCACACUGGGGAGCGGCCCUACGCCUGCGACCAGUGUCCCUACGCCUGUGCCCAGAGCAGCAAGCUCAACAGGCACAAGAAGACCCACCGGCAGCUGGCACCGGGGAGUCCCGGCACCCCUGCCGCCAGCAGGGCCGUCUCCCCGGCAGCCCCUCCAGAACCGGCUGACCACGCAGCUGCUCCAGCCAGCACACUGCCACAGCAGGUAGAGAAGGCAGGAGCUGCGGCCACAGCGGGGAUCCAGGAACCCGGAGCUCCUGGCAGCGGGGCUCAGGCUGGCCCAGGUGUUGCCGAUGACUGGGGAGCCACCAGAGUACAAAGGACUGACCCCGCAAAGAGUGACAAGAGUGAGAAGGCGACUCUCAGGAAGACCCCCAAGUCCACAGGCAAGAGCCGCGGGCCUGGGAGCAGCUGUGAGUUCUGCGGGAAGUGCUUCGCCAACAGCAGCAACCUGACCGUGCACCGGCGCUCGCACACGGGAGAGCGGCCCUAUGCCUGCGACCAGUGUCCCUACGCCUGCGCCCAAAGCAGCAAGCUCAAGCGACACCAGCGCAUGCACGGUCUUGGGCCCGGCAGCACCCGAUACGAGUGCCCAUACUGCUGUGUGCCGUUUGGCCUACGGGCCACGCUGGACAAACACCUGUGGCAGAGCCACCCGGAGAUGGCCUGAGCACAGUCCUGCCACCCCCUAACCCUUCCCUUUGUGUGAAUAAACCAUCCUC